AUGACUUUGUUUAUCAUCAAACCGGCUCACCUGCGCUGUGUGGUGUGGACAGGAAGACUGCUGGCUGAGCCCCGGACCAGGAGGACACUGUGUCCACACCGGAGUUAUUCCACUGAAGGAGACAUGAAGAUACCCAAAAUAUACACCAAGACUGGAGACAAAGGUUUCUCAAGCACAUAUACUGGAGAGAGGAGGCCAAAGGAAGAUCAUAUUUUUCAAGCCUUAGGAAAUGCAGAUGAGCUGUCAUCAGCUAUAGGCCUGGCCAGAGAAUUUUGCCUUGACAAAGGCCACACGUUCACAUAUCAACUGGACAAGAUACAGUGCAUUUUACAAGACGUGGGCUCCAAUAUCGCCACCCCACGAUCAUCUGCCAGAGAAAGUCACACAAAGAAAACACAAUUUACUGCUCAGCCAAUUACAGACCUGGAAACCUGGAUUGACAACUUUACAAAAGAACUCCCUCCACUGACCAACUUCAUUUUACCUUCUGGAGGCAAGAGCAGCGCAGCUUUGCACUUGGCUCGGACGGUCUGCCGGCGAGCAGAGCGAAGCGUUGCUCCAAUCGUGCGCUCAGGCGAGGCAGAUCCAGAUGUAGCCAAGUUUUUGAACAGAUUGAGCGACUACCUGUUUACGGUGGCCAGAUAUGCAGCCAUGAAAGAAGGCAGUGAGGAGACAAUCUACAAAAGACCUGAAUGACCAGUGUCACAUGAGGAUGAAGGGAAAGAUGG